ACCACUGCACUCCCUUGUGCUUACAUUUCCGAGCAUCCGAGAACCAGGGAAGAAAGAAACUGAUGUAUGGGGUUGGCAUAGAUAUUGGUGGUCGAAAAAGUCCAUACGGACGCAUUGUCAUAGAAACUAUUAGUUCAAAAAUCCAAAGCACUGAAAUGAAGAUUCACACAACCUUUUGGUCAGAAAUGGGGAAAGUAAUAGAAAUCCCCCCAGUGACCAAGAAUCUAUUUAUCGAUCUUGCUGAAAGAAUUGCAGGAGAACUAUCAGUUAAGAAUUGUUAUGUCUGUGGAGGUACCAAUAUGGGAGAACAAUGGCCCUGGGAGGCCAAAGAGGUAGAACUUAAUAAUAUCUCCCAUGCUUUCAACCUUUCCUGGAAUAAUAUCCACCGCCCCAGUAGAUGGAUCCUGAAAAAUCCCUUAGUUGGUCAUACUUGUUUUAUACGACAGGGAGCUCCUUUUAACAUUUCAGUGGGAGCCCUAGAUUGUGAAGAAGGAUGGUUCUGUAAUGGCACCCAGCCUAAAGCCUAUAUUAAUUUUGCUAAUCCGAAUGUCACCCAAGCCCCACCUUAUGUUAAUAUGAGUCGUUUACAAGUCCUAUGGGACAACCCCUGUAGCACUUCUAAAGAAUGGAGAGCUCCAGACUCCUUAUACUGGAUAUGUGGUCCAGCUACCUGGGCAGCUGAUGGUACAUAUGGUUAUAGAACCCCCAUUUAUAUGCUAAAUCGAAUAAUUAGACUACAAGCGGUUUUAGAAAUCAUAACUAAUGAAACUUCCCUGGCUCUGUCUGUAUUAGCCGAAACCAACACACAACUUCGCACUGCUGUUUACCAGAACCGACUUGCCUUAGAUUUCUUAUUAGCAACUGAAGGAGGAGUUUGUGGAAAGUUUAACCUUUCAAAUUGUUGUUUACAGAUUGAUGACAAUGGUAAAGCUAUUGAACAGAUUACAGAACAUAUGCGUAAUUUAGCCCAUGUCUAUGGAUUUUAUGUACGCUCUGGCGUGGCUCCGGCUCCGUCCGCUAAGGCACCGCCGUGCCUGAGCCUUCCACGAGCCUUGCGUCUCCUGGCUCCACCUCUCCACUGCGUCCAGUCCACCGUGGAUGUCACACUCCGCCAUCUUUUUGUAGAUCGCCGCUCUGCCGUUCACCGCUCGCCACCGACACUCCACUAG